AAGAAAGAAAACGGUGGGAAGGAGCAGGAGGCCUUGUCCUCCAAGUCACUUCGGUUAUAUGUAGGUGCAAGCAAGAGAAAGAGAGGGGAGGAAAAAGAAAAUGAGUUUUCUUGCGGGGAGAUUGGCUUGCACUGAGGGUGCAUACUUCCUACAGGAAUCUAAGAAUGCGGUUGGGCGUCUUGCUCAGAAGCUCCCUUCUUCUCCUUCUACUUCUACUUCUACUUCUACUUCUACUUCCAUUCUCAAAGCUAGCGAAGAACAAGCUGAUGUCCUUCCGGAAGUCCUUCGCCAUUCACUUCCUCUCAAGGUCGACAUCCAGCAGCAUUCUUCAUUCUCCAUUGCUUCCAAAUGGCUUCUUCAAAUUGCUCCUCCUUCUACUCGUGCCAUUUGGUCGUCUGAUGUCAUCAACCCCCUCCGUGCCUACGUCUCUCUCCCUCAGGUCACCUUUGGCCCCCGAAGGUGGCAGUUGCCGGAUCAAAACCAUUCAGUUAUAGCUUCAACUGCAAAUGAGUUGCGGCGUGAUACGAUGCAUACGGACAUUGAUUCCAAGAAGUUGAAGGCUGCGGCAGCAGGACUCUCACAGAUUGGAAAGGCAUUUGCAAUUGCUACAACAAUUGUCUUUGGAGGUGCCACUUUGACAUUUGUCCUCAUUGCCUCUGAGCUAAAGGCGCACAAUAGCGACGACAUUAGAACCAAAGUAAGAGACCUGCUUCAGCCCAAGUUUGAGAUGGUCAAUGAACAACUGAUUCCAUUACGAGAAUGGGCUGGAAACAUGUCAAGAAAAUGGCAUUUUGAAGGAGAGGAUGAAGCGAAAGAGAAGCCUGUUAUCAUUAAGGAACUUUCUAAAAUAUUAGGUGUGAGGACACCCAACUGAUGUUUAUUUGAGAGUUAUAUGUGGUCACAUGUGUAUGUAGGCAUGCAUGUAUUUAUAUAUGAUUCAGUUGUGAUGGUGCUGUACACAACUAGAUCAACAUCCUGUCUGUAUGUAGAAUAACAUGGCAGGAAGUGUUGGUGGGAACGGGACAAGUGUUUACAGGAAUGUGUGUACUUGUUAAAAGAC